CCUGAUGAAAACGAUAAGCAUUGCCAACUAAUUCGGUAAACUAAUCCAUAUGCAUCUUUUAUAAAAACGUAAUUAUUUGUGUGGAAAGAAUUAUGUAUUAUUUUUAUUUCCGUUAAAUACAUAUCUAAACGUAUGAAACUAGAUCAUGGCGAAUUUGUUAAUACGAUUUAAGCACGUUUCAUUACUUAAAUUAAAAAUUGGCCGGUGUUUACAAACAAUACAACAUAUUUCCACCGACUCUUUUGGUGGUGAUGAUUGUGCUAGUCCCCCUGUUUUAGUUGACAGAGAUGACCAUAUCACAUUAAUUGGUUUAAAUCGACCAAUUAGUCGCAACUCCUUAAGUUCUGAAACCGUGAAAUCUUUGAAUAAAGCGCUAAUCAAUUUUGAAGAAGACAGAAGCUCCCCUGUGGCUGUGAUUUAUGGAAUAGGCGGUUCGUUUUGCGUAGGUCCAGAUCUUACUGAGCUAGAAAUUUCAGGUCAAAGUGAUAACUAUAAUGUUCUUUCAAAUUACACACCAAUAUUACGACACCCCAAAAAACCAAUUGUUUGUGGCAUCAAUGGAUAUUGCGUGGGAGGUGGUUUGGAAUUGGCAAUGUAUUGUGAUCUUCGUGUAAUGGAAGAUACAGCAAUUUUGGGAUUUUUCGAAAGAUUUGCCGGGUUUAACCUGAUUAAUGGAGGUAUAGCUAGAUUGCCUGCAAUAGUCGGAUUAUCACGAUCAUUAGAUUUACUGUUAACUGGAAGGCGCGUUUGUGCUCAAGAAGCGCUGAAAAUAGGUUUAGUAAACCGUUUGGUAGCCACAGGUACAGCGCUAGGUCAGGCGGUAAAUUUAGCUUUUUCUAUUGCAAAAUUUCCAUUAGGAGCGCUACAAAGGGAUCGUCAAAAUAUAUACAAAAAUUACUAUGAACGCCGAAAAGGACUAAACGCAGCAAUAGAACAAGAAACUGCAUCAGCUAAUGACAAGAUAUCAAACGAAAUUAAAAGAGCCAUAGCGAGUUUUAAAAUUUCAAAUUGUAAAGGACUUCAAACGGAAGCGUGGCAUGUGAAGCCUAAAACAUUACCACCUUGGGAAGAAGAAGAGGUACUACAUGAACAAAAAUUUACCUUUAAAACUAAUGUUAAUAAAAGAUGAAUUUCGAUCUAUAUUAUUUAUUAAAUAAAACAGAGGCAUUUUUUAGGCA